UUCUUCUUCCUCACUUUGGAAUGAAGCAAACUUCUGGAUGGGGCACCCAGCAAUAGACCCCUGGCCUUUGGGCUUGCAGAGGGCCGGCCCUUGAAGCCGGGGUCCCCAUUCCGCCCUCCCUCCCCCAGAAAAGGGAAAAAGGCGGUUUUCCCCAACCUGCUCCCCUCCCCGGCCGCCACCGACGUCGGAGUGCAAAACAAGGCGAAGUAACAAGCAAGGGAGUGAUGCAGGUGCGGGGGAAGGCGAGCGAGGAAUCCGGAGCCCCCGCGGCGUUCUAACCGCAAGGUCCUUGCGCUGCAUUUGGCCAGUCGCUGUCUCUCUCUAACCUAGGAUGAGUAACUGCAGCAGUCGCGCCUUGACCCUGCUGUCUAGUGUUUUUGGAGCGUGCGGGCUGCUUCUGGUGGGCAUUGCUGUCAGUACUGACUAUUGGCUAUUCAUGGAGGAAGGGAUUGUAUUUCCGCAAAACCAGACCACGGAAAUAGUCAUGGCACUCCAUGCUGGCCUCUGGAGGGUUUGCUUCUUUGCAGGUCAGAAAAAAGGCAGCUGUGUGGCUUCUGAAUACUUCCUGGAGCCGAGGCCUGACCCUGAUCCUGAAGGGCCCCUUGUUACGGAGAACACGGAAAAUAUCCUCAAGACCAUUCGCACAGCCACCCCCUUUCCCAUGGUCAGCCUCUUCCUCGUCUUCACAGCCUUUGUCAUUAGCAAUAUUGGACAUAUCCGCCCACAAAGAACCAUCCUGGCUUUCGUUUCAGGCAUCUUCUUCAUCCUCUCUGGGCUGUCCCUGGUGGUGGGCCUGGUCCUGUACAUCUCCAGCAUCAAUGACGAAGUGAUGAACCGUCCCAGUGGCUCGGAGCAGUAUUUCCAGUAUCGCUAUGGAUGGUCCUUCGCAUUUGCUGCCUCCUCUUUCUUACUCAAAGAGGGUGCCGGUGUGAUGUCUGUCUACCUCUUCACCAAACGUUAUGCCGAAGAGGAAAUGUAUCGCCCACACCCGGCCUUCUACCGUCCGCGCCUGAGCGACUGUUCUGACUACUCGGGUCAGUUCUUGCACCCUGAAGUGUGGCACCGUGGACGCAGUCCCUCUGACAUCUCCAGUGAUGUUUCCAUCCAGAUGACUCAGAACUACCCACCAGCCAUCAAGUAUCCUGAACAUAUGCACAUAUCAACAUCACCUUGCUAGACCUGCCAUAGAACAUGGUGGACAAGGAGCCUGGCCUUUGCUUGUAGACUAUGUUCUCCAAUCUCUCCAGCUCCCCCUGAGGCUGCCCUACUAAUGGGGACCUCUUUCCUCCUUUGAAGACCUUCUACAACCUGCUUUGCUAUAAAUGCCAUCUCUGUCUGUCUCUCUUUCUCUCUGUCUCUCUCUCUCUCUCUUUCCCUUUUUCCCAUUUCCUCCUUCUCCAGCUAGUGGGAGUCUUCCAAGCCACCUAUGGAAUUGCUGAUGCUCCUGUUGGAAAACUGUUUUCAGUUCUGGCUUCUUCCAGGAAGCUGCAGCAUCCAACGGAAAAUUCUUCCUCACCCUUUUCUACCUUCCUGACCCUCCACAGACCAGUGGAAGAAGCGGCACGAAGGAACAUGUUUUCCACUUCUGGGGAUGCGGCCUCAAAUGUUUUCUCCUUUCACUCAGUUGGAAUCGCUACCAAGAAACAGCUCACCAAGCAUGCUUCCCUCAAUGUUCUCCCCCAAGAUUUGACAAAAAUUGGGUUGCGAAACCAUCUCUACUUUUUUCAGAUCUCGAGAGGAAGAACUACCAACUGCUGUUUUUUUUAAUCAAUUCCUGAUCGGAGAGGUUCAGUGUCCCCACCUUAUCAAACAGCACAUAACGGCUUUACUGUUAUUGGCACCGUAUUUAGUUUUCUGACAGGAAAUGGCAUCUUAUUUUAUUUUCCUCCAUAUCCAAAAAGCCUAAUUUCUCCAGCUUUAUGCACCUGCAAACAGUAAUCUUUCCACGUGUUUUAGAUAUAUAUAUAUAUAGGGAUACCAUAUUAGUUUGUCUUAGAAUGGCCUGGUCCAAGGAAACAUCUUGCUGGGGUUUUUUCCACUGCAAGUAGUCCUCAACUUAUGACUGCAACUGAGACCAGAAUUUCCUUGCUAAGCAAGUGGUUGUUAAGUGACUCAGCCUGAUUUUAUGACUUUUUUUGCCAUGGUUGUUAAAUGAAUCACUGCAGUUGUUUAGCGACUCACCCAGUCCUUAAGUGAUUUGGUCUUUCCCUAUGAACUUUGCUUCUAGGAAGCUGGCUGGGAAGGUCACAAAAUGGUGGCCACAUGACCCCCAGGGAUGCUGCAACGGUGGAAAAGAGAUGUCGGUUGCCAAGCACCUGAAUUUUGAUCAUGUGACCAUGCCACAAAAGUUGUAAGAGUAAGGACUGGCUGUAAGUCACUUUUUCCAGUGCUUGUAACUUCAAACAGUGGCUAAACAAAGGGUUGCAAGUCGAGGAUUAACUGUAUUCUGGAAUGAAACAAGCUCUGAGGUUGUUGCUAGAUGGAUCUAGCUCUGGGAAAAAAACAGUUUCCCUAAGUUUUUUCCCAAUACUUUUUCAUCUACAAAUGAAUUGUAGUUGGAAGCUACAUACCUCCCACCUCUGUAGUUUUCUGUAUCUUAAAUUCAGUUCUUGCUCCUUCAUUCUCAUCUUCUAGAUGGGGGUGUCCAACCUUGACAACUUUAAGACCUGUGGACUUCAACUCCCAGAAUUCUGGGAGUUAUCCAUGAAUUUUAAAGUUGCAAAGGUUGGACAUCCCUGUCUAGAUUCUAACAACCAAUGACUAGGCCACUUUUUUAUACAGUCAACCAACCCAAGUUUUUGAUAUUGCUUCCAAGCCUAUUCCUGAAACCUUUGAAAUAAUGGGGCAUCAUCCUGACAGGCUAAUAGAUGGAUCCUAUCAGGAGUAUUUUUCCUGCAAUCUCUGUUCUAGCUAACAUCUAAAACUGCUCCAAAGCUUUGCAUACCAUUUGCCUUUUUGUUGACUCAACUUCCUGGCUGUUUCUCCAUUUUCUUCAGUAUUAACGCAGAACCGACUCUACAGGUUGUUCUUCAAGAGACCUUUUUGAAGGCAUUUUCAUUCGGACCCCCCAUCAAUAAGAACAUCUAAUAUAUCAUUACAAAGGGGUGAGGAACUAACAGUGUCUUCCAGCCAUCAAUGCCUCAAAUGCCACCUCCAUUUUAAGCGUCCUGGCCUUGUGGGCCACAGAUCGAAGUUUCUUAUAACGCAAGACUCUCUUCAGCAAGGUGAAAACCACAUUAAAAAAAAAAAAGAAUCACAAACAGAAAACCCACACCCACAGAGAAAGAAUUUAGUAAUUUCUCCUUUUUAUUUCAGGCAUCAUUCAUUUUUGGUUUGCCCAAUUUAUCUGUGCCAUGGCUGCUGCUUUACUGCCUUCUCCGUUUUAGUUUCUUCUUAAAAUUAUUUAUAUUUUUGGGGUGUCUGCUCCUUCGCUCUUAAUUUUAAAUUAACCCCAUUUUCAUCUUCCUUCCUUUUAAUUGUCUUCAACUUUCAAUUCCUUACAGAUUGUAUUGCUGGCGCAGACAUCUAUAAGCAUUCCAGAGGCUCAUGUUUUCCUUUGUCUGAUCUAAUUUAUUUUUUGUAAUAUUCCAUUGUUUUAAUAUAUAUCCAUUAUCAUUUUAAACACACACACACACACACACACACACACACACACACCUCUUUCCCUGUUCCUCUUUUCUCUCUUCAGUUACUCCUUUCUAGCUCCUGUCUGUGGACUGUUGAGCCAAGAAGAACCAAGUAUUGAAAAGUGCAGUGAAAUUUGGAAGAAAAUACUAUGAUAAGCAAGCUUGCCAUUAGAAUUGCUGGAUAAAAAAGGGAGGGAAAGAAAAAUAGAGUGCAUUUGGUGGAAAAGUGAAGGCAAAACGAGUAAGAGAAAAAGAUGUGAGGAAUCUUGGUAGGUGUAAGAGGGGCUAUUUUUAUGGAAAUACAAAAUGCUUUUGAUGCUAAUGAAAUACAGGUAGUCCUCGAAUUAUAACCACACGGAGGCCAAAACUUCCGAUGCCAAGCAAGACAGUUGUUAAGUUUUCCCCAUUUUACAACCUUCCUUGCCAUAGUUGUUAAGUGAAUCACUGCAGUUGUUAAGUUGGUGCCAUGGUUGUUAAGUGAAUCUAGCUUCCCCCAGUGACUUUGCUUGAAUUCUGAUCACAGAAUUGCAGUGGUCGCAACUGUGAAAAAUGGUCAUAAGUCACUUUUCUUCAAUGUCGUAACUUUGAACGGUCACUAAAAAGAAUGGUUGUAAGUCGAGGACUACCUGUCCUUCAUCUCCACCUCAUGCGUCCAUCUUGUGUAGGCCAAUAGGAUGCCAUUUUUCCUUAGUGAUUUUUUUUGUUUCUCCAGCCUAUUUUCCUGUCCCACAGUACAAGCAAGGGGGGGGGGCGGGAAUUGUUCCAUUUUCUUUACAAGGAAUGAGAAAGGAACAUGGUCUUAUUGGAUUAAGUGGCUCAUCCAUACCUAUUUUGCAAAAGAAAUUCCCAAAUACAGAAGUUUUCCCCUUUAUUUGCAAUGCAGCCUCCUUGGGAGAAGCAAAGGCCAUCCUGCUCCUUUUUACCCAGUAUGAAGCGAUGGCAAUCACCUGCAUUAGAAGGCUAUUGAGCAAACCAACGGGCCAUGUGUGCAGACACCGUAGAAGUAGGAAGAACUGGCAAAUCAUAAGGAUUGGUGAAGGAUAAAGAACAUCAGAUUCCUCUGAAUGGAUUUCAAAAAGGAGAGGAAGGAAAAAAAAUGCUGCAGAUUCAGAUUUGGCACACAAACAGCCUUCUGAAUCUCUCUCCCCCCCCCCCCCAGGCAUGUCUCAUCCUGCUGCUGUGUCAGCAUCAACUGCAGCUCAUUUCACCUUCAGGUAGUGUGUUGGAGAUCACAAUCCAGCACAAGAUCUAUUUCGUGCACUUGCUUUUUCCUUGUCCUCUCUCAAGGGCAUCUCUGCAGGUCUUCUUAUUUGCCAUUUCCUUCUUCAUCCCAGCCUCGUAGCUUAUUCAAAGGAAAGAAGGAGUUGCUAAACUUGCUCUGUUGCAAUAUAUAAAAAGAACGAUUUCCUCUCAUGCUUCCCACAACAAUUCUGACAAGUAGGCUGGGCAGAGAGACGGUGAUCGACCCAAAGUCAACCAUUGAAUUUCCAUGGCUGUAUAUAGUGACACUAUAAUACAUUCUAAUCUUGGGUUGGGGUUGGGUGGGGGAACGGGACUGGAAUAUGAAUUAUGGAAACAUCUGCCCUCUAGGAGGCGCUGUGAAUGAAUGGGAACUCUACAAAUUACUCUUUGCCCUGAAUUAAGUUUCCAGUCCUUUUGAUCUCAUAGCUCUAAGAAAACAUUACUGUGAUAGAUAUAUAGUAAUAUUGAUUUCUGCUUGCUAUUUAAAGGCUGCUUUUUUUCAGAAGAAGGACCGUGGCAUAGAUAAGAGGAGCAAACCACUGUAAACUUUGCAUGGCAGAGUCUGAAGGUUUUUGGGUAUGUUCUCCAGAUUUUGUGUGGCUACGGUCAGGAUCACUUCUCCUAAGCAGACCCAUUCUGUUUUUAUUUGUCUUGAACAUUCUCCUUAAGCCAGUCCAUACAACCCCCAUGAGUGCAAAAUAUUCUUUCACAACUGAGAAUAAAUCUAUAUUGUUCUAGAGGUUCACAAGAGGCAUUCAGGUGGGAUCAUCUCUUGAUUGGUAAGCAGGAAUAAUGAAAGGGAAGACAAGACCAUAGAUUUUCCAAAUUUUUGUUCAUCACCUGGAAAACUCUUCAUCCUGGGCCAGUGGUUUUCCUUUUGGAACACAACAUCUGGCCUUGGUGAAGCUGUGAUUGGACAACUAGGAAAAUCCUGAUCAUAGCCAAACAUUCAUAGAAACUGUAAAGUAGGAGUCCCCAGCCCCUGGGCUUCAGCCCCAACCCCUGGGCCAUGCAAGUGGUGAGUGAGUGUGUGUGUCUGUGCAUGCAGCUCUAUUUGCAUGAGUGAUGGCUGCUUGCAUUCGUGCACAACUCCAUUUGCAUGAGUAGUAGCUGCAUGCACCCACUGCUCAUGCAAAUGGAGUUGUGUGCACUCAUGCGAGUGCCUGCUGCUUGCACAGAACUGUCCCCUCUCUCCCCCCGCCAAGCCUGAAAGGUUGGGGACCGCGGCCAUAGGGAAUCUGUAGAUGUAAGAACUUUCCAGCAGACAUGUUAGCAAGUAAUCAAACACCGAGUAACAUUGCUGUGGGAUUAAAGUGGUUUUACCAUUCAGUCCUAUGCAUAUUUACUCAGACAUUACUCAGCUACAGAAAGCUAAAAAGAAUUUCUUGUUCUUAAGUAGGGCUUAAGUGAAUUUAGUCACAGAUAUCUAAAGCCCCAGCCAGUGAACCUGCUGGAAUCCUAUGACAGCAUAUUCAAUCAUGCUUUUUUAGAAAACAACUCUUCUAAAUAAAUAAGCAUAUAUUCUUUAUUUUAUAUGUUUUUAAUGGAUGUCUAUGAAAAUAUUCAUUGAUGUCAUAUUUAUUUAGGAUUGCAGUCUCGUUUAUGAUAAGGAAAUUUUUAGGAAAAAGGUUUAUUGCUUGUAUCUCCUUGAAAAUUAUUAAAGACUCAGAAUAUUCAAAUUAAAAAAAAGGCAAUGUUUAUAUCACCAGACCAAUUCCAAAAUACACGUAACAGCCAUAAGCUCACAGAAUGACAGACGAGAGCUUUGAAUGCAGGAAUUGUGUUUUUAUAGGGAAAAAUAUAUCAUAUUCUGAUUGUUUACACAGAAAUAAAUCCCACUAAAGUGGGCAGCUGUGUCGUGUAGUAAUCAGGUGUGUAGAAUCUCGCAGCUUUGUAUACGCUUGCUAACACAUGGAAGAUUAAGGAAUACAGGCUGUGAAUGAAAAUUCACACCCACAAGCAAGUGCAAAGAUGCUGUGAAAAAUAAAAAGAGUGCCCACUGGUUUCUUCCCACGUUUUUCUAACUGGUCGUUUGUGGGAAGGUCAUCCUUUUGUGUCCCGUGGCUGAUGGGCAAGAGGUACGCUUCCAGCUGAUUCCUGCCUCUGAAAUACAGCAACAAAAUUGACAAAUCAACAUUGCAAUCUUGGCUGUCAGGAAUCCCUUUGAGAGAUGGGUCCAAGCACAUUCAAUUAAAGCAGUGGUUUAUUUUCUCAGGCUUCUGUCCCAUUCCACACACACAUCCCAAACCACCCAAAACCAGGAGCCCUUCAUAGCAUCGUUUCCAAUUAAUGUGUUGCAUUAAAAGGCAUAUGUUUUCGGGAGCUUCUGAUCAGCGACUAAGCAUGGCUCUUCUCCUACAGGGUUGGCACAAAAUUCAGGGAUUGCUGAGACAGCUUAAAGGAGGGAGGCUUUGGAAAGAGAAAGCUUUUAGCAGCUCUGGAUGUAAGGCACUGAAAAAUAAGGAAGGUGGGAAAUCAGAAGGAACAGUAGGAAGGAGACGGGUCAUUAAGCAAAGUGACUGCAAUAUAAGUCUUGCCUGCAAGUCCUUUGCAUUGUGUAUUCUGACUCAGGAAUAAACCUUUGGGUUAUUCAGGGUUCAGACAGCAUGACCAGACAACUGCAUCUGUUGUAUUUGCUGAUUCACCUCUGAAUGAGGGGUGGAGAGACGUUGUCCAUUGGUUAUGUGUGGCCUUGGAUCAUUGCUUCAGGGGUUCAGCACCCUAGCAGCCAUCAAGGGGUGCUUAAGGCUGGGUUUACAGGAGACAGGUACAAACUAGCCAUCCAGAUUUCAGCUGAGUGUAUUGUUAAGCUACUGUAUCUGAGCUGAACACUAGAUGGCAUCCAAGAGAUAGUAUUUAUCUCUUUGCUGCUGCAUCUAGAGGUCAUCUAGGGUUUUGCAAUCUAGAUAAGGCAGCAUAUGACUGUGUGAUCCUGUUUUUGUGGCUAGUUUAAAUUUCAGCCUUUUAUGUGAACCCAGAAAUUAGAACAUGUCUAUGUACCGUGGCAGCACAAUCCCAAGUAUAUGCAGAUCAAGAAAGGACAAUUACUCCUCUUCACCUAUCCAUGUUUUUCCUUGUGCGAGCUUUCUAGAGCAUGCAGAGGAAAGGGAAAACUUCAAAUAAAUAUGGCAGUCUGAUUUCUGAGAUGCUCCCCAGGAAAACACCUGGGGAGAACUUCUGAAUGUAACUUUUAAAGGUGCAAGUGUCUUUUCAGAACCUCAAUUUUCUAACUCUGCAUUCAUGAUUUCCUGCAGAAAAGAGCUGAAAGCAGCAAGAGGAAAGCUUUUAUUUUUAUUGUGCUUGGAAAGAGCAGGGCUCAUGUGCCUUUUUAGAUGAAAUCGAAUAAUUGAGUCUUUCAUCAAUCCUACAUCUCAUGGCUGGGAAAUAUGCACCUGUUCAGCUUCCAUCCAAUCUAGAACUGCUAAGACACAAAAAUUCUGCAAGAGGAAUAAAGAUGAUGCCUUUGGCUCGUGGAUUUUGACACAGAGAGAAAAAAAACGUAUUUGUCAAGACUUGGGUUCCACAUGCAUGGAGCUAAAUAUUUUACACAAUAAGACUUUCAAGGGCUAAAAGCCAUCUUGUACAUUUACACAGAUAAAAGAGAAGAGGACUUGGGGAUGUCAGCACUGAGAUUAGAAGGAUGGCUUGGGAAAAAAUGUAUAUGAUCAAGCCAUAUACUUCCCUAAAGUAAAAUAUUGCUAUUCGUAGCAAUUUGAUCACAUUAAGGAAGAAACAGAAAUAUUCUGCUUUGUGCAACACACACACACACAUCUUGAUACCAGCCCAGCAUUUUAUUCUCUAUUAAUAGUAAAGUUAAACAGAAUGAAAGUUCAAAUUUAAAUCAAGUAGAGAGCUGCUAUUGUGGGGGAAAAAAUGGAAUCUGCAACAAAUGAGGCAGAGCCACAGUGCUGGUUUUGAGAGACACUAAUGUUAUUUUCUUAGUCUGCAUCCUAGAUUUUUGGUUGAAUGGGGUAGGGGACAAGGGGAUCCUAAGGGGAGGGGUUUAAUGAACAAAAGAACCUGGGUUUUUUAAAAACAAUUACAAGGAAAUUGUUAUUAAUUACUAUGGUUAUUAUUAAUACAGUGUCCCAACCCCAUCUCCCUCCUUGCAAUGAGGAGGGAUUGGGACAACAAAAUAUUAUUUACUCUGUAUUAUACUGUAAAUACAACUUCAAUAAACUUUAUUUCAAACAAAACAAGUUGGCAUCGUUAUGGCUACGGAAUUCCCUGCUUGGUGGGAUCCUAACAAAUUCCAGAGUGGAUAAGGCUACAAAAAUCUACCCAAUGGAUAGGAAUUUCUUUUAGCCCCAGGGCUGUAAGUAUGGAUCAUAGAGAGCCAGUUUGAUUUAGUGAUUAAGGUACAGGCCUAAAAAACCAAGAAACGGGGGUUCUAGUUCCACCCAUGAAAGCUGGCUGGGUGCCUUUGGGCCAGUCACUCACUCUCAGACCAACCCAUAGGGCUGGAAGGAGGAAGGAGUUAUGUUUGCUGCUUUAAGUUAUGUAUAUGAAUAAAUGAAAGAAAAAAAAAAUAAAAGAAAGAAAAAAGAGAAAGAAAGAAGUAGGCUAUAAAUAAUAAUAAAAAAUAAGAGGUACCUUCUUUCAUUGGUCCACUUAUUCCAGGGCAGAACCAGCAGAAUUUUGAUUCUCUGUGGAGAAAAUUUACAGAAGGCAGGAAAAGUGUUUCCCAAAAUUGGAAUGAGAAAGGAUUACUGUUAUCAGAAAAGGGAGAGUGGGAUCUGGGUCAGUUGCGUGGGUUGGGGGACAGGGACCUUUGGGCUCUUGUCUAGGGGGACCCUUUCUCCGCAGAGCUCAGGGGAGCAGAAAUCCAGAGAGGCUGGAGGUCCAUCAACUUUCUCAUUCAACGUAAGGGAGCAUCAAGAACCACUCAGCCUCCUAGCAAAUAUAGAAGGGGUUAAUGGUCACCAUGGCAAUGAGCUGGGAAUGUGGUACCUUGGAUGCAC